ACCAAUAGCCUACGGAUAUUGUGUGACUCCAAAUCUGCCAAUCUUUCUCUUCUUCCCGCACACUUCUUCAUCUUGGCCGGUCAUCUCCUCCCUCGACCUCCCCUACAAACCCUAAGUCCCAAAAUCAAAACAAGCAAUCUCAGAGAUUGAGGAUGACGGUGGCGCUGGCCUAGGAUCGGGAAUUAAGGACGACGGCGGCACUGUCUGGGGGGGAUUUUCCUCCCUCUUCAACAGCUCUGGAUGGAAAUUAAGGAUGACGGUGGCGCCGGCCUAAGGUUUUGACCGCUUGGACGGUGGCGACGUCUCCGAACCGGGGGACAGAAAAUUCCUAAAUCUUUGUUUCCACAUUACAGUUCAAUGAGUUAAUCUCCAGGCUCAUCUUUGAAACCAGGCGGCUUCCUUCCAUCCAUUUAUAUGGAUCAAGGUAUUUUCUUAUUAUCCAUCCAAGCUUCCUUCUUCGCGAUCCGAUAAUCUUCUCUUCCUGCGAUUUACACUUCGAACUCCGUAGCUGAUCCAUCAACCGAUUGCUUAACAGGCGAAACCAUGAGUGAAGUCCCAAGAUCUGAAAAUGGACCGCUUGAUUAUAUCUCCGCGUUGCCUGAACCCGUUGUUCACCAUAUAUUUUCGUUCCUUCUCUUCAAGGACAUCCUCCGUUGUUCUCUGCUGUCUAAGACGUGGAAGCGCAUUUGGCUGAACUACCCUAACAUCGAUUUGAUUCUCCAAGAAGAGGAGGAGGAUAUGUGCCGUUCUUCACUGUGCCCAAUCGUGUACUUCGGUGAAAUGGAAAGAGCCUUGGAUCAUUGCCUGCUUCCAAAAGCAUGCGUUCAGAAAUUCCGGUUAUUCAUCUCGGCCCGCAAUGCGGAUGCCAGUGUCUUGAAGAAGUUCCCUCCCCUUAUGGAUACUUACCUGGGCGCUGCAGUUGAUAGGAGUGUUUCUGAGAUAGUGCUUGAUAUUUAUUUAGGCCCAAUUGCUCUGUAUUCCUUCUCCGAGAAAGCAGUUGUUUCUGAUUCUCUGAAGGUUUUAGAGCUUAUGGGAUGUGUGCUUGAGGAUAGCCGGGUUGCUUGCAUCUAUCUCCCGCGGCUGCAGAGGUUUAAAACUUCUGAGUGCACAUUUUCCGGUGAGAAUGUUUUGUCUAAGAUUCUAUGUGGUUGCUCUAAUGUGGAGUUUGUCCAAGUUUCAUAUUGUGAUGGUGUGGGAAGUUUUCUCUCAGUUUCAUCUAAACCGAGAUUGAAAUGUUUUAGGAUUCGUGGUUGCGUUGAGCUUGAGAGGAUAGAAAUAAAUGUGCCAAGUCUUGAAACAUUAGAGUGUUCAUUAAAGUAUCCUUGUCAAAGGGGGGCCUUUGAGCUGGCUAGUUGUACCACUCUGAAACAUUUACAGAUUAAGGGAGCUACCCUUUCUGGUGAUAAUACUAUUCAGAGUCUUUUGUCUAAACUUCCCGGUAUCGAAGAUUUGGAAUUGCAUAAUUGCAGAGGGGAAGACAGGAUACAAAUCUCAAGUGUAUACCUCAAGAAACUAGUCUUAAGUAACAUUGAUUACUUUCCUGGAGCUGAAAUUGACACUCCAAAUCUAGUUCGUCUAGACUUCCGCUCUGUGGAUGCUUUUGAUCCGAGUAACCGGUUUAGUUCUUGGAAUGUUCCCAAGGUAGGAGACAUUCACAUGGUAUUUAAUGCCAAAACCUUUCAGUCUGCUUGCAGGAGUGGACUGAAGGGGUUUCUCAUGCAAUUAACAAAUUAUGGAAAUUUGAAAUUGGUUGUAAAAAGUGGCCGGAAAUGUAUUUUGCAUGAGAAACUGUAUGCAGUUUCUUUUUCCUCCCUCAAUAAGUUAGCAAAAAAGGCAAAGCCAGGUUAUGUGGCCAUAUCAUCCAGAACAUAUGCAUCUUUCACCAGUGGCAUGGUUGGUUAUGAAAGUGGCGAUGAUAGUCUAUUCUUGAUAUCUUCUUCUAGUGGAACCAUAGAGUUGUUUCACCAGAAAAUGAGAAAGGAUUCAAAUCUAAAGCGUUUUUAUAGUGAUUUUCGGCGGGCUUCUAUUGAGGAGAGGGAACAUGAAGCUGACUCUCCAUGGGCAUCCUUCGCGAACACCCAUUCAAACGGUUACCACACUGCAACAAUAAUCCUCGUAAAGAAGACUUCAGAGGAAAUGGCUCCAAGUCCUUAGGUUUUUAUUCUGCAGCGCAGACAGAGGAUGGCUAGUGUGGGAUGUUGUUGAGUUAUACUCAUCUCACAUCGUCCGUGUACACCGAUAUUAUGGCUUGGCUUGACUUCCUCAACCCCUUGAGUAAUUUCUAGGGGUUGAAUUGGGUCCAAAUAUAUUUAUUCGUUCACAUGGUAUCAGAGCUAAAGUCAUUGAUGAUGGGACCGCCUGCUGUAAUCUGUGCCUCGUGCAAGGGUGGUGUGUUGAGUUAUACUCAUUCCACAUCGACAUUGUACAUCAAAUGGCUUGGGUGCCUCAACCCUUUGAGUUAACUUUUGGGGUUCAAUAAGGCCCAAGUCUAUUACUCUGUAUUUCACAUUAUCUUUGGUUUGAAAGAUAUGUUUUAGAAGUCCAUUUUAUGAAAAUGUAACCUAGUUCUUGAAUCUUGUAACUAUUUAAAUCCCAAGGUUAUGACCACGAUGGCUAGAUCAUGAUAACUGUUAAACGCAGUGAAUCGUCCUAAAUGAGUGAGUUCACACUUUGUUUUAAUCAAUGAGGUAACUUGUU